AUGAUUCACAUGUUGGGCGAUGAAUGGCAGGAGUCUAGGGUAGGAGCAGUUGAAGAAGAUCAGUCCCGAAUUGUGCAGACUGAAGACUCAAAAGUGAACGAGAAGCUGAAGAGGAGGGAGUCCAUGUCUUUCUCCCCAGAUCCACCCUUCUACCCACACCUACACUUCUCUCCCGUUUCCAGCCUGUCCUUCAAUCUCAACGGUCUGACCUGCCAGGAGAGUGACACCCCCAAGCGCAGACUCAAGCUUUCUCCCGAGAGUGGAAACCCGAGUCCUGAGGCCUUGCCUGUUGCCACGGAUACCAAAACUCCUACAGGUCAGUCCCCCAGCUCACCAUGUAGACUGGAGACGACGAACACGAGCAAAAGCCACACUCCAGUGCGGCCCACAGUCCCCAAGCCGAUCCGGCUUCUAGAGAAGAUGAGAAUGAAGACGGAAGGAAAUUUUCAUCAACUGGGCAAGCAAUACGUUUAUAAUCUUCGCCGAUUAUCCUACCCCCAGGAAGUGGAUGUUAAACAAAUCCCAGACUCAGAAGAGUGCAGCCUCAUCGGAGAUUUCUCUAAAGCCUGUGUUUUGCCAGUCGAAGAGGGGAAACAUCAGGAUCUGAAAUAUAUUUCAGCUCGUACAGUAGCAGCUCUGCUGGGUGGAGAGUUUGAACAUGUUAUUGAUGAGUAUGUGAUAGUGGAUUGUCGCUACCCAUAUGAAUACAAUGGAGGGCACAUAAAGGGAGCUCUGAACCUGUACACAGAGGAGCAGCUGAUCAACACGUUCUUUCCAAGUCAGGCAUUGCCAUAUCCCAGGAAGCAUUGGAGGGUCAUCAUCUUUCACUGCGAGUUCUCCUCGGAGCGAGGUCCCAAAUUUUGCCGGAAUCUCAGGAGAAUGGACCGGAAUGCAAAUGUGUAUCCCAGACUCUGUUUUCCGGAACUUUACAUAUUAAAGGAUGGAUACAAGGAAUUCUUCCAGGAGUUUGAGACAUUCUGUGAACCUCAGGGAUACAUCCAGAUGCACCACAAGGACUACAGAGAGGAACUUCGCACAAUCCGUAGGAAAGUGCGUUCGGUGGCUGCAUAUCGCAGGCGAAAGGAACUAUUCAAAACAGCAAAUGGACACUGA